AUGACGCAAUCGCACUACUCCCUGCGCUGGAACAACCACCAGGCGCACAUCCUCGCCGCUUUCGAGGCCCUCUUGCACGCAGAAACCCUGGUCGAUGUCACGCUGGUAUGCGCUGAGACCUCGGUGCGUGCGCACAAAGUGGUCUUGAGCGCAUGCUCGCCCUUCUUCGAACGCAUCUUCUCGGAGAACCCGUGCAAGCAUCCGGUCAUCGUGCUCAAGGACUUCAGCGGUUGGGAGGUGCAGGCGAUAGUGGACUUUAUGUACAAGGGCGAGAUUUCCGUGGGACAGGAGCAGCUGCAGAGCUUGAUGCGCGCGGCGGAGAGUCUGCAGGUCAGGGGAUUGGCCAACGAGGAUGGGGUGGGAGAUAAGGAGCCCGCGGCGAUCGUGAAUCAGACGCUCACUCCGUCUACGAGUCCCAACGAGUUCGAUAGGAAUUGCUUGAGCGGCAGCAGAUGUUCCAACCCCAUGCUGGCUCCAAGAACCCCCGUGGAGCGUCUCUCCCCAUUCUCCCCCAUCUCCGCCCACCACGCGGAGGUCAAACUGCCCCACAUGUCCCGGCUUUCCUUCCCGGAGAGCUACUUACCGCGCCAGGAAAACUUUUUGGCGCGCCAGGACAACCACUUGGCGCGCCAGGAAAGCUUCAUGACGCGCCAGGAUAACUUUUUGGCGCGUCCGGAGUCGCCUCUGCCGCGCCGAAAGCAGGCCAGGCCCAGGAGGCGGUCGGGGGAGCUCUACGGGGCCCAGGAUCUCAGCGCCAAACCGGAUAGUCCUGCGGAAGAUCGAGCGGAGAAUUUAUGCUUGAAGCGAACGAAAGAAGUUAAGAUAAAGGACGAGAAGCCGCGAACGCCCGAGCGCGGCGCAGACAGUCCCGAGCUGGACCUGAGCCCCACCAAGGACUUCAGGACGUCUCCCCCCGUCCAGAUGCUUCCCCCUGGGGGCAUGAAGCAGGAGGUGGACAGCCAUUCGCCGUUGCCCUUUCCGCCGAUGCCGUCCGUCGCGGCGCUCGCUAUGACGCCGCCGCAUAGUAAAUUUUUUGGAGUUGACUCGCCCUUAGGACUAUUUCCGGCCGGGCUAGACAGUUGCAGGAACCCUUUAUUUGACAUGUCAGACCCUAGGACGACGCCUGACCCUCAGAUGUUCGUCAAAAAGAAAAUGGGCAGACCCAAAGGGCAGCACUCCGCCCCGAGAGGCGGCCCGCCUCGCUCCUGGACCAACGCCGAACUAACCGAAGCCCUGCAGCACGUCUGGAACAAAAAGAUGACCACCAGCCAAGCGUCCAGGAUCUUCGGCAUCCCCUACAACUCCCUGUUGAUGUACGUGCGCGGCAAGUACGGCAAGAGCCUCAAGCUCGAGCAGCUGCGCAAAGACUGCAUCGGCGUGGGCGGAGCUACUACCCCCACCAUGGACCUGUUGGGCGUGGCCAACAACAACAACAAAUCGGAGCGCGACCAGGAGCAAUCGCUGCCCAACACAAGGCCACCCAGCGCGGAGGGGCAGCCUUCCGUGUUCAACCCCUUCUCUCACAGCUUCUACCCUGAUUUUGGGGCGGGAUUCCCGCUGCCCGUCAGCAUGAUCCACCUGUUGCCGCAGAACGAGAAGCAUCUGGAGCAGUUCGGGCAGCAACAGGUGAUGGAAGAUGAAUGCAAAGGCUCUAAGGAUAUGGAUCAUAUGGAUCAUGAUCAUGAGAUGUUCAGAGCGGGGAUGGGGAUUGAGGAUAAGAGGGAGAUGGUGCAGCAGAGCGGGCAGAAUUGA